AUGCCUUGCGACAUCAGCCAACGCAUGCAAGAGGAACCUCUUCCUCCGACUCCUGAGCCGGCUUCCCAGGCAUCAGUGGUUGAAGAUGUGCAGCCCUGGAACGUACUCGAGAGGAGAACUCUCGAGGAUGACUCUGUCAUGGGGUGCAUUCUCCCCAUCCUCCGCCGUGCUGCAUCUAUCAAGCACCCAGAUACUCUCGAAUGCCUUAGCGUGGCCCGGCUAUUUAGCAAGUGUGGACUGGCUGGAGUGGCCAUCGACGGCCAAAAGUGCUCCCGGUGUGCCGAGGGCGGGAGACUUUGCAUCUCUCCGGUCAUAAGUCGGAAGUCUGCCAACGUAGAAUGUUUCUCUGCAAUGUCGCGCUGCACCAACUGUGUACUGAUAGACGGAAACCUUAAGCCUGGGCUGGACAGGCGAACGCUCUACUGCGACAUCCCUUCUCGUACAAUCUGGUUCGACUGCUUCUGCAACUGGUGGAUGCCGGCAGAAGACAGAAAAUUGAUCCGAGACUCUGAGAGUGCAACCCGCGAGUAUCUCGACUACUACAGCUUCCCGACUCGAUACCGGAAAGGUACGAGGAAUUCGGUUGAGAGGAAGUUGGGAGUCCUACAGUCAUUGGCGAACAGUCGUAAGAUUGAUCGCGUCAUGUCUGCCCAACCAUUCCCAGCGGUGGUCGGAUUGCUCACGAAUCCUGUGGCUGUACGCGACGCUUUCAAGAACUUCUGGGAUCAGCUUCCAGAGGACACAUGGGCUUAUCCAACCGAGGAGGAUGGAGUCCCACCCCCGUGCUUGUGCGGACCCGAUGCGGCCACUUCAUCCUUUCCGCCCUGGUGGCAGGCAUUGAAGGAUCUGGCCGCCAAACCGCUGCUCUCAUCUUCAGGUCAUCCUCUGACUGACAUCGAGACUGCGGCUAAGGUCGUUUCUGUCCUUCCUUGGAUGUCUCCCGAUGUGAUUAGGGUGUUGGGCCAGCCAUCGGAAGAGCAGUCCCAGUUGCAAGAGCAGAAGGUCCCACCCAGCAUCGCUCAACGACGACUCGAAAGCGACCCGCACCCUGGAACACAGGACAGCCUUCUCUUACAGGAGAACACUUUGGAAAAAGAAGACGACACCCCGACGUUGUCUGAGGCAGUAGGAAAACUAACCAUCGGCUCGAGAAACCUCACCAUAGACACGGAGCAUGGUCCACUCGGUUUUGACGCCAAUAACGCGACAUAUAUGUCUGAGGAGAAUCGCCGGAAGAGAAACCGGCAGUUGGACGGCUGCAAUGAGCCGUCCCAGGGAACCGAGAUCGUUUACAACUCGGAUAGCACCACUACCUCCAUUGGUGUGGCGGGCGAACUUCUAACAAUUAUGGGAAGCGGUCAGUCCGACGAGUCACUCGUGGCACCAGCAGCGCCAGAAACGCUGCUGCAGAAACUGCCCCUUAACCUGACCGAGGAGUUCUGGGGGAUUGAUGCUCCGACCGAGUGCCGUGGUGCUCGAGUGAUUGGUAGAUACCUGUAG